UCCAGCCCUAAUAAAUGUGUCGUCUCCAGACCUAAUAAAUGUGUCGUCUCCAGCCCAAUUCUCACACAAACGUAGAUUGCAGGUGCAGCGUAGAGAGAGCAAAGAUGAGUGGAGGAGCAAUAAGGAACAAAGUGCAGAGGAAAUUCAAAAUGAGGGGCUACACUCUCAAAGUGGAUGCCCUGUCGGAGGUCCUCUCGUUCCUUGACCGUUUCCCGUCCGACUCCCACGACGAAGCACUCGACCUCCUUCUGGACGAGCUCCACCACCUUUCCCUGAAAUCUGCGAUUUUGGACAAGGAGCCUGUGCACAAAGUCGUGAGCCUAUUACUGGAAGCAGAAGCUUCCGUCGAGGAAAAUCCUAGCAGCUCCUGCUCCCCUGCAUCAGCGCUUCGAGUCAUUGAUGCAUUUGAUGCCCCAAAAUUGAGAUAUGAUCCAGUCAGGGCCGUUUUUUAGGGGGUUCAAUAGGUUAUCCAGAACAGGGCCCCCGAAUUUAUGGGGCCCCAAAAUUUUAAAUUUCUUUUAGUAUUAUAUAGUACGGAGUAAUAUUAUAUAUUAAUACUAAUAAGUAAAAUACAAUUAGUAAUGAAGAAAAAUAAAGAUGCAUGAUUUUUUCGUUGGUC